UCGCAGCAGCAGCAGUAAAAGCAGCGGCAGUAACUGUGGGUUUUGGCUUUGGUUCAGUGCGCUAUUGGAGGAGUUUGUGUGAGGCUGAGCUGAGCCUUGUUGUCGACAAAGACGAAUACGUAGAACAACAAGAAGAAGAAGAAGCAGAAACAGAAGAAAACGAGGAGAAGGACAAAUAAGUGGGCAACGAGACGAGACAAGUAGCACAGGCAGAGGCAGUGGCAGAGGCACAGGAAAAGCACAGCAAAAACAGAGCACAGUCAGACAUAUAACGGGAACGGAGCAUCAGCUUAAGCGCAGUUGGUGUUGAUGUCAAAGCGUAAAUCGUAGUUUUUAUAAACAAUUUAUAAGCACAUCCCGCACCCACCUACUUUAAAGUUUAGAAUCAGUGCAACAUAUCGAUAACUAGAGACAGCAACUGGUGCAUAUCCGUUUCAACAGCCAAAUAAAAACAUCAUUAUCGUCAUCGGGUUGAACAGUUUUACAGACACUGCGCUGCUGCUGCAGUUGACAGUGGACAAUGAACUCGCUAAACGACGCCUAACACAUGCACACAUGCACACAAACACGGACACGGACAGGGUGUGAAUUUUGGAAUGCUUGUGAAUAAAUGCAGGCAAUGGCAACGGCGGUAGCAAUGGCCUCGAUAACCACGAUAACAAUGACGAUGACAACGAAGCUGAUGACACAACUGAUAAUCAAGUUCGCUAACAGCAACAACAACAAGACACGCAUAUAAACUGCAACACAAUUUUAAGUCAUGGCCGCGCUUUGGUUUCCGUUUCCGGACAAACGACAGCAACAACUAAAACUAUUGAGCUCAUCGUAGAUACGCCCCAAACUGCAAAUAUACAUAUAUUAACGUGCACACGUUAAAUUCAUUGUUAAGAAGAAUUCAAUUGGAAUAAAAUGGGCAGCCUGCCGAAUCUACACGAACUGGAGGAGGCCGAACGGAAGCGUGAGAAGCGCAGGGAAUACGAGCUACUGCUAGAGCAGCGGACGAGGGACACGAGUCGUGAGCGGGAGCGCUUAUCGAUGUUUGCACAGCAGCGUAAGCAAUCUUCGUAUAAUGCUUACAUCAUGGCUGGACUUGGCAUCGGUGGUGGUUCAUUGAGUCUAACCACAACGGGAACAAACACGUUGGCAGUCAAUGGACAUGGCAGUGGGAAUGGUGAGUUGAGCAGCGUUACGACCACCAAGAAUCAAUCGACAUCCACAGCAACUGUGGCAGGUGCAACAACGACAACGGCAACAACCGCAUCGGCAACGACAAUGACAACGUUAAGCGGCUUUGCUAUGCUGGGAUUGGCGACCAAAAAAUAUUCGCAUCCAUUCCAUCCACAUACGUAUCUACAUCAUUCCCAUCCGCAUCAUCAUCACCAACAGCAGCAGCAGCAACAGCAACAGCAGCAACAACAACAACAGCAGCAACAACAACAUCGACAUUCGCUGACCACACGACAUCGCGUGCUGAGAACAAGGACUCGCAGCUCGGGAGGAGCACAAAAUAUCUGGGAUGAGCAGAUGAUGGAGCACCUGACAGCGUACUCUCCAUCACCGAUAUCGACGCGUUCGCAUCGAAUUAAUCCCGUGUCCUCGUACCAAGUGCAGGCGGCAUUGGCGGCAUCGCGACGUCGCGAGUCGAUCAACAGUUCGAUUGGAGCCACAUCGAUCAGGCGAUUGAUAACGUUGAACAAUCGCAAUUGCCGACACAAGGUGCCCGCCCAUGUGCGCCAGAAGGUGUGGCGUCAGUUUACGUGUCUGAGUUUGGCCCAUGGAUUGAUGAGUGCCGUCCUGUUGCCCGUGAUGGCGUUGCAAGGCUCGAGUUCGGUGUGGCAUCAUCGCGAGCAGUGGCUGCAGAUUGGACCGAACAUCGGAUCAUUGCUGUUGAGUGCAUUGUUCCUGUUUGCAGCCGGUAUGAGCUUGCCCAGCACUCGACUCAUCCGACGCUAUGGUUAUACGCCAUUGCUGGCGGGUAAUUGCUUAGCUGUUACCUUGUUUCUAUUGUCGCAUCUGUAUGCCUCCAUUUACACCUUGUUGCCGGCAUAUCUGCUGCUGGGAUUCACGCUGAGUGCCGCCAACAGUUGCAAGGCGGCAUUGAUUGUCCACUACGGAGGCAGGCUGAGCUGCUCGCAACAUGAAUGCGCACAGACCUUGACACAGCCACAGCCACUGGCAUCGGAUGCGCUGCACGAGGAGCACAAGAUGUUCUGCAAUCGGGAUCAGAAGGUGCGACGUUUGGCUCGUUGGUUUCGUGCCUCACAGGAUCUGGGUUUCAUCUUGGGUGCAUUGUUGGCAUCGUUGCUGCUUGCCUGCAAUGCCAACGAUUGGAAUUGCUCCGCUGCCAGUGAUGAUGAUGAUCAGGUGAAUGCCACAACUCCGACCAACUGGCCACAGUUCGAGGACUUUUACAAUCGCAAUGAGCAUGGAGAACGCAUCUGCGGCGCCGACAUGUGUCCCCUCCAGCAAUCGCAGUCGCAGCUCUCCUGGUCGAUGGACAACAGUACGUCCUCCAUUUUCGCGGGAUUCAUUGAAAGCGGCGCCCGUUCCGGCGGUCAAUCCCUGCUCUGGCUUUAUGUGGCAUUAUCUCUGCUGUCGUUGCUUCUUUCCCUGAUCCAGGGACGUCAAGGAUUAGUCACGGGCAGUAGACAGGAGCGUGCCGCCAAAGAUGUCACAGAUACGCUGCUCUUUGCCGGACCCUUGGCCUACUUUGUCGGCACCGAACAGAGCUACAUGCUCGGCGACUUUCUGCGCGCAUUUGUUUCCUGCUCCCUGGGCAUUAACAUGAUCGCCGGCGCCCUCAUCGGCAUGGGAUUGAUGCAGCUCAUUGUCUCCUGCACGCUUAGCAUGCUGUUGCGACACACCAAGCGCAUUGUGGUAAUCUUGGCUGGAUUCUUUUUUCAUUCGUGUCUGUUGCUGGCGUUGUCCAGCUGGAAGCCAUCGAGCGAUGACAGCGCUCUCUUCUAUGUGAUAGCUGCCUCGUGGGGCGCCUGCAAUGGGAUGUGGGAGACGCUGUUGCUCUCGCUGGUGACCCUUAAUCAUGUGCAGCACGAUCAUGUGACGGAGGUGACGGCACCACUGCAAGCGCUACGCUUCCUUGGAUUGGGCAUUACAUUUGCCGCCCAUGGAUUUCUCUGUGAGUCGAUGAAGAUUAUUGUGCUGGUGGUGCUGCUGGUGAUCAGUGUGCCGCCGUAUGCGAUGCUGGAGAUGCGAUUGGAGGCACAACGGAAGGCGACGCUCAUUAGCUUAUGACGCAGUUACUUCAGCUAGUCCCGGAGGCGGGGCACUGUGGCACGCACCCAUACCAUGUGAGAUGCGAGAUGGUUGUUGCGACAUGGUGAAACCCGAUGAGGCUGACUGAAGUGGAAUCCUCUGUUUUCAGUCUGGCAAACCACACAGUAUUUAAGAUGGCAACGUAAAAGUGAAUUUAACGACAGUAUUUUUUUUUUUAAGUCAAAGAUUUCCGGGCAAAAGCUUUUUGUCCAUGCCUAGAGAUAGACCCAAGUCCAUAAAUCUACUUUGCACAUAUAUACACUGUCUACACACUUAUGUAUGUAUGUAUGUAUGUAUGUAUGUAUGCAUGUACUUUGUAACUGUAAUUCUAAAUUCAAAUCUAAAUGUAAUUCUAAUAAAAAACCAAAAGCAAAAAUACAUACAUA